GGAUAGAGAAUCGUCACGCGGCGUAUAAAUAGGCAGGCGCGUGUUACGGUAAGGUAUCAGUUUCACAUUAGCCUUCUCAUCGUCAACAUUCAAAGCAGUCAAUUAGCAGCAAAAAUGUUCAAAAUCUUCGCUAUCGUCGCCUGUUUGGCCGUGGCUGCUUCCGCCCAGUACUAUGGAGGAGAACACGGUCUCAGUGGAUACGCUCAUCAUCAUGAGGAACCCAAGGACUACUACGCGUACCCGAAGUACAAGUUCGAGUAUGGAGUGAAGGAUCCCCACACCGGUGACCACAAGAGCCAGUGGGAAGUGCGUGAUGGCGAUGUCGUCAAGGGACAGUACUCGCUGCAUGAAGCCGAUGGUACCGAGCGUGUGGUCGAGUACAAGUCGGACAAGCACAGCGGUUUCGAAGCCGUCGUCAAGAAGGUCGGCCAUGCCCAUCACCCACAGGUGUACGGUGGACAUCACUACUAGGAACCUUGUUGUCAUGCUCCUUCCUUUGAAGGAGGAUUAGUCCAAUGUCCUAUCCGCUGCAUCUGGCCUACGUUAGAGCUGGAGCAUUUUUUCCUAACCCCGAAUGUGAUAUCUCAACAAACCUCAACAAGCUGAAAGGCAAUCUGAAAUAUACAAUUGAAAACAUUUUA